UACCAAUUCAAGUAGCAGACUGGCUCAGUUGCGAGAACGAGUUGUAGUGGAAGAGUGUGUGUGAGUGGGAGUAGUGGUGGGUCGUCUUAAUGUUUUUUGUUUAACGUGUGAAAAUAAGAUCUGUGGUGAGUGACGGAGAUGGAGGUACGGUUACGUAUGCAGCUAUUGCUAUCAGUGGUGGUGCUGAGUCUAACAGUUAUCUGUGCACAGAAGCAGUCAGUAGGUCUACAGAACCCCUGCACGAGCAAGCAAACUUGUAGUGAAUGUAUAAGGACUCCAACAUGUGCAUGGUGCAUGCAGCCGUCUAUGCGUGACGGCAAGCGUUGUUUUCAACCGAGUAGCAGCCUGGACUGGACACUCCACUGUGAUGAGAAAUAUGUUUACAAUCCUGACAAUGAGUACAGUAUAAUCCUCAAUCAGAAACUGAGCAAGGGAAGUAGGACACGGUACCAAUCUAGCAGCAGUGGGACUUUCAUAAAAGGGAGCAGCAGCAGUGGCAGCUCAAGUGUCAUCAGCGGCGGCAGCAGCAGUGGCGGCACCAUCAGUGGUGGCGGCGGGAGCAUCAGUGGCGGCGGUAGCAGCAUCAGUGGCGGUGGCAGCAGUGUCAGUGGUGGUAGCAGCAGCAGCAGUGGUGGUGGAUUCUACGCAGAGAGCCAUUCCGAGGCAGUGCAGAUUGCUCCUCAGAGGGUGUCAUUGAAGCUCAGACUGAAUCAGGCCUAUCGGAUCAGAUUUGAAUAUGCCCAAGCAGAAGAUUAUCCCGUUGAUCUGUACUAUUUGAUGGACCUUUCUAAAUCUAUGGAAGAUGACAAGGAUAAGUUGUCAAGCCUCGGAACAUUACUAGUCGAUUCCAUGAGAAAUAUUACAUCAAAUUUUCGACUUGGCUUUGGUUCGUUUGUUGACAAAGUUGUUAUGCCGUAUGUGAGCACAGUACCAAAGAAAUUAAAGGAACCGUGUACUGGAUGUGAAGCACCAUAUGGCUUCGUAAACCGUAUGUCACUAAGUGAGGAUGUAGACACAUUUUCUGAUAAAGUGAGAGAUGCAGCAGUGUCAGGAAAUCUGGAUGCUCCUGAAGGCGGUUUUGAUGCUAUCAUGCAGGCAGUUGUCUGUAGAGACAAAAUAGGCUGGAGAGAGAAGGCCCGACGACUCCUUGUGUUCUCUACGGAUGCUGGAUUCCACUAUGCUGGUGAUGGCAAGCUUGGUGGCAUUGUUAAGCCAAAUGAUGGGGAGUGUCACUUGGACAGUAGUGGGCUUUAUACUCACUCAACUAUACAAGAUUAUCCGUCUAUAUCACAGCUGAAUUUGAAAGUCAGAGACAACUCAAUUCAUGUGAUAUUUGCUGUGACUGCUGAGCAGUUUUCUGUGUAUGACCAGCUGCGGACAUAUGUUGAAGGCUCAUCAUCAGGACAGCUGUCUGCAGAUUCUUCAAAUGUUGUAGAUCUUGUAAAAGAUCAGUACAAUAAAAUUUCUUCAUCCGUGGAAAUGAAAGAUAAUGCCAGCAGUGCAGUGAGAAUCACAUAUUAUACAAGUGGCUUAUCUGGAGGAGCAAUGAAGCAAACGCAUAAGGUUGAUGGUUUGAAAGUGGGUUCAAAAGUUAAGUUUGAAGCAGAAAUUGAAGUGACAGAGUGCCCAAAGAACCGAAAAGAUUGGCAGCAGCUUAUCCGGAUUUAUCCAGUUGGUGUCAAUGAAAGUCUUCUUGUGGAUUUAACAAUAUUAGGCGACUGCCCUUGUGAACGCAAGUCACAUCCUACUUACAAAGAAAAUGCCAUUGAAUGUUCGGGAGCUGGAACAUAUAUGUGUGGCAUAUGUAAAUGUGAUGCUCAACACUUUGGUCGCAAGUGUGAAUGCAGCAGUGAGAGUGGAGGCAAAGAAUUUGAAGGUGUGAACACAUGCCGACCAGACAACACAUCAACUGUUGACUGUUCAGGACGGGGAACAUGUAUAUGUGGAGUGUGUGAGUGUGAUUCUCGGCCCAAUCCGUAUGAGGUUGUAUCAGGAACAUAUUGUGAAUGUGACAAUUUCACAUGUGAAUAUUCUCAUGGUGAAAUAUGCUCUGGCCCCAGUCAUGGUAUCUGUGAUUGUGGAAAAUGUAAAUGUAAGCCGGAGUGGACAGGUGUUGCUUGUGACUGUCCAGUGUCCAACCAGACUUGUAUAUCACCCAUCAAUGGGGAGGUAUGUUCUGGACAUGGCGAAUGUAACUGUGGAACUUGUUUGUGUGAUGACGAUGGUGGUGAGAAUCGUUACACAGGAAAAUUCUGUGAAAGGCGACCGGGUGUGAAACCACCUUGUGCUGUGUUUAAAGACUGUGUGCAAUGUCAAAUGUAUCAUAAAGGAAUUCUAACAGAAGAAGAAUGUGCAAAUUGCACAUUUGUACCAAUUUCUGUUGAUUAUGUUGAAGCGGAUGAGGAUAAGGGAGAAGUUUUCUGCUCUUAUUACGAUGAAGACGACUGCCAGUUUCGUUUUGUAUAUGCCUUUAAUGACACAGGCCAUGUUCUGGUUAGAGCUCAGGAAGAGCUUGACUGCCCUGCAGAAGUUUAUGUCUUAGGAAUUGUACUUGGUGUUAUAGCUGCAAUUGUUCUCAUUGGUUUGGCAUUCAUUUUGCUCUGGAAAGUUCUCACAACAAUUCAUGAUCGACGAGAAUUUGCCCGAUUUGAAAAGGAACGAAUGAUGGCCAAAUGGGACACUGGUGAAAAUCCAAUCUACAAGCAAGCAACAUCUACUUUCAAAAACCCGACAUAUGCUGGAAAGUGAUCUGCUUGUACUGCUUCCUGUAGCAGAGAGACCUUAUUUGAAAAUUACUGCCUUUACAGUGAGGACCCAGGGGAGCAAAAUUUGUGAACUUGAUGACUUCAGUAAUUUAGUUAUACUAAUAAUUCUAUUUGUAUGCAUAAGAUUUAUUAGUUGAUCUGGAAAAACUCUUUUGGUUUUUACUUUUACAUUUUUCUCUGACAAACAUUUGUCCAUUGGUGCAGAUGAAUAGAAUGCAAAAGUGUUGACUUGGAACAAUGCUUUUAAAGGUGAACAUAUUAGACGGCAGUCAAUGCUCAGGUGCAUUAUUGUGCCUCUUCUUAUCUACAGUAUUUGUAUUUUAUAUUAGAUAAUUUACAAAUUUUGAUUAAUAUUCAGCACAGUUAUUUAAGCAGUGUUUGCGUAUGGAAGCAUUUGGAAACUUAGUUUUUUCAGAAUGUAAUGCACAAAAUUUUUAAUGAUCUCAGGCAUGUUCUGGUCCAUGUUCUUCCAUACACACGUAAACCAAGCAAACUAAUGCUGUUUAAAAUAUUUUGAUAUAUCGUCAGACUUUUGAAGUAAUAACAGUGCUAUGCUGUUUUACAGAAUGAUAUUUAUCACAUAUACUAUUGCACUGAUUUGACCAGUGCAUUCCUUUCAAUUUAAUAUCACUGUCUUUGAGCAGCUUAAACUCCACUGUUAUUCAUUGACGUUAUUUAUUAUGUUCAGUCCAGUUAAUGAUAAUCAGUUAAAAUGUUCCAGCAAGUAAUUUUAAACAAGCAGUUUUUGAAGAUUUUUUUUCUAUGUGGUAUUGAUGUUUCUAAGGAGAUACAUAUCACAUCUUUUGUACCAGUUUUCUGGUGUAGUACAUUGAGUUAGAUAUAUGUGGUGCUGUUAUUUCUUGUGCUAAGUUGGAGAAUAAGUGAUCAAAGGAAACGAAUGAGUUCAGUGAAAUUUACUGGUUUCUUGGUGAAUGUCUUACAUGAUGCCUUCAUAACAUGAUGUGCCUUAGUUUUUUUAAAAAAAGAAUGAUAGUGUUAUGGGAUAAUCUUCAUAAAUAUGUUUACUGUGCAGUUAUAUGUGCAACUGAAGUCAAUGUUUCUUCGUAGGACACAUCCAGUUAAGAUGAACAUUUAAUAUUUGUUGAUUGUUUUGAAUCUCUCUACAAAGCUGUGGCUGAAACAUUAACUGGGAAAAAUUAUUUUAGAUUUUAUACUGUUUUGUAAUACACAAAAAUAUCUUGUAAAUAUCUAAUAUUUAUAUAAAAGAGGAUGAUUUUGCCAAUUAUUUUCAGGAAAGGUUUACGUAUACUGACUCCACCUUCAUAGGUGCACAUGUUGAAUAGACAUAGUAAAGCUGAGUAAAACAAUUAUUUGUGUGUGUGUGUGUGUGUGUGUGUGUGUGUGUGUGUGUGUGUGUGUGUAAGAGAAAGAGAGAUUAUUUUUAAAAUUUGUGAUAGCUCUUCUCUUAAAAAUCGUCAUAUUGUGAUGACAUUUACUGUUCUAUGUUGGUUUAUAUGGCAUGUGGUUUAUAAUCACUGGCAGAGAAGCUCUUUGCCCAGUGCGACUCUAAUGUCUACCUGCUUUGUUUUAACACAAAAUAGAUAGUGAGUAAUCACUAUUUGGUGAAAAAAAAUAACUGCUUAAUUGAAAAAUGGAGCAUUUGAGGGUUGCAUGAUUACUUAAGAGUUUUUUAAGUAGCCAAUGCUCCUUAACGACUGAAGUAAUGUAGUUAUUCUUGUAAAAUGGCAGCUUCAUUGAGUGCUGUACUUACUGUACAGUUAUGACUUACACUAUUCACAUUACUCAUAAUACACCUGACCAAAGUCAUAACUGUUUGUAAUACACUUAUUAAGACAUCCCUAUACUUUUCAUUUCAGUCCUCUUUGAUAUUUGUUCUCCUCUUCUAUUUUUCUGUCUGUUCCAGACAAAUUCUUUAGUCUCUAGUCUUCCCUUGUCUGCUUAAAGUACUGUCCUAUUAACUCUCUCCUUUCAGUGUCUUAAAUCUCAUUCAGAGCAAGUGCUGCCAAUAGAAGAAGAAGAAGAAGAAGAAGAAGAUGUUACUUAUAAUCCGUCUUGACUGCAAAUUUUUUAUUCAUAUGACCGGUUUCGGUUCAUUCAGAACCAUCUUCAGAUCUGAUAUUUCAGUUACAGGAGUAACCCGUCCAAAUCCAGCAACUUUCACAUGCUGCGUCACAGCAUAAGGGAAAAUGGAAAGCACUCAAACUCAAUCAUCAGGAGACACGGGUAUAACUCCUUGUCUUUUCUCUUUUUCAACCUAGGUAAUAGAGCAGUUUUUCCUUUCUCUCUUCCACCUGUAGGUGUUUCUUUUAUUGUCUUCUAUAUCCUUACAUGCCAUUUGCUUCUAAUGAAACAAUACUGUUUGAAGUUCAGAGACUGAAUCAGUCUCCAACCUCCAUUUCUGUGUCUGUAAGCUGUGCUUACAGUACUUGUUGCUCCUAUUCUGAUGGCUAGUUGUCCUGUUAUGUCUCUCAUAUCAGGUUCAUCUAUAACUCAUUUUCAGCUGGUAUUAAACCCUGUCUUUUUUUGCUCUAUUUAUUAGCAAGUAACAAUUAUCACUUUAUUUGGAAUUUAGAUUUACACCAGUUGUUAGGCAUGUAUGUAUUCAUAAAAGCUUUAAAUACCUUAUUUUUCAAACUUUAUGUACACUUAAAACUAGAAAGUAAAAUUUGCCUUGUGCAAUUGCAGUGGAGAUAGGGAAAAGAAUAGUAACUUGCUUCUUUGCAUGUGGUGAAGUAGCAUCUCGGGAAACAUAGGAUUUACACAUUAUUACUUGUCAUUUGAGAUGUGUACAGUCAUGAAUACUGAUGUUACUAACACUCAGUUUUAAACUUGUAAAUAAUCAUUGAUAUAAUGUUGAUCUGUUUGAGCAAAGAUCUGCAUUUCAUUAUCUAUUAAAAUUUUGUUAAUGGAGCUAGCUUUCCAUUUAAUUGUUACAUACACUUCAGAAACUUUUUAUUUGUUAUUAAGCUGUUUUAAGUUAUUUGUGCCAUGUGAGUCACAGGAUGUGAGGGAAAUUUGUGCAGCAUAAGAUUUUGUGAUGCUAUGACUUUGUUGUGUGUGAUAUUGUAUGUGACUUUUGAACUUAUUUUAACAUUGUUUUAUAUUUUUGUCUAAUGUGUGAUAACUUGUGUCUCUAAAUGUUAAGCAUCUCUUUCACAUAUGAAUGGCUGUAACAUUUAUUGUGCACUGCCAUUGAUUAGCUUUAAGUAGAUCUGUGUGUGUCAUGUGCAACAUAACUGUGAACUGAAAGUAUCUAUAGACUGUCGUCUUUAACCGUAUUAUAAAGUGUGUAAAUUGCAGUAGUUUGGAAAAAAAACUAAACACUGUGAUUGUUCUGUGUAAUAAUGAAAUUUCUUCCAUAACAGUUACCUUGAUAUUCAUUUCAAAAAUUUUUCCCUGUUCUGCUAGGUAAUUUCAGACAUUUUCAAAGUGUAUUUAUCAUCACUACUGUACUUACAAUGAGAGCCCCUUGACAAGAGGUAACCAUACCACAGCUCUGUCUGCUUUGGUAACAUGAGAAAUUGUGUUAAUAGAAACUGUUUGUAAAAGACCUUUGAGAGAUGAAUAGGAAGUUCUGGCAAUACAGUGUACACAUUUUCAAUCUGUUAUUCCACUGCAAAAGUGUAUAUUUUCAAAAACAGUUAGUAGUGAAAUAAAAUAAAGCAUUUUUCUGUAUUGUGAAAAUUCACUGGUGACUCACAGCAACAGGAAGAAUGCUGGAAUUAGAGAGUGCAGUUUACAAGGGUGAUGAUGGCAGAUUAAAAUGAUCACAAAAACCUUUGUGGUUUUCCUUGCUAGCUGAGUGACGUGUAAGUAAAAUGGUCCCUUGCAAAAUCUUUAGACAGUGUGAAAGUGGACUUGUUCAUUAUUAAGUAUCCUUUAAAUAGGUUCUCUGUUGGUAUCAUGUACUUUCCUUUCUCAUGUAAUUACUUCUUAAUUUUAAUACCAGAUACAGAAGAGGGUCAUAUAAAGCUUCACUGUAGAACAGAAAAAGAAAACAUAAUGGAUUUUGUCCCGUUUGGAAUGAAUUGUUAAAGGUCAAACAAAAUUUUGAAAUUAAACCUCAUUCUUAUUUUUACAAUGCAGUCUACUUGUGAGAGCAGAGCUGAGAUGAAGGAAUUGACAAGUAGUAUGAUACAACCAGAUUUUGAAUUAUACAGUAAAACUUUCAUUAUAACACAACUAAGUUGUGCAGCUCUGUAUGGGGAAACAUUUUAUUGGGAAAGGUACAACUUUGUAAUAACAAUAAAUUCAUGGCACAUUAAAUUUGCUUUGAGAGGUAAGAAAAUUUAUAAAAGACCUCCUCCUACAGGUGGCUGUAUGGUUUCUGAUGGUUGGAUAGAACAUCUGUUGUAAGGAUUUGUUACGAACAGAAAUCAGUCUCACAGUUCUGGAUUUAGUUUGUCCAAGUUGUAUUACCACGAACCACUGGUAUUAUUUGCAUGCAAAUAAUAAACAUUGAUAUGGUCCUGUA